CGUCUGUUGAGGUCGCUCCUUUCACAUCGCUUUCUGUUUGGAUACUUCUUUUAACCACGUUUUCGUUCAUUUUUUGUUUGUUUGCUGCUUUAUACAGUAGUCGGUAGCUUUAUGUGGCAUUUCGGACGGAGGACCGUGUCAGUCGUGUUUGCUUGUGGGAUAGAAGAGGUGAAACAGCUGGAGGAGGCGGGCUAGCCGCUGCAGCUAACAGCUGUGUGUUUCAGGAGAAACGCGUCGCUGUGAAGCAGCCAGCAGGCUCAAAGGUUCUAUGACCUGCAAUCAUCCUACCCGAUCAGAGGAUGUAUCCGCCUCCCCAAAAGGACUUCAUUGCCUUGACGCUCAGUGACCCACACAGUCAUGCCUACAACAAUGGCAAACACCGGCGCCAGUCCUGCUGGAGGAAAUGGAAGCAGCUGUCUCGGCUCCAGCGGAGUCUCAUCCUGUUCCUGCUGGCUCUGCUCUUCAUAUUAGCACUCCUUUCCUAUCCCAGCAUCAUACAACAGUGGAGAGGAGUGUCUGUCAAAGGAGAUUGGUUGGACCUGAAUUACCGGCAGUUGAAUGCAGAGCCUCUCGGCCUGAAGCCUGUGCUGAAUCCAGCUGCAGGCAAAGCUCCAGAGCCUGUGGUCGGGCCAGCUGUGGGCCCGGUUCCUGUUGCAGAGCCCAAAGAACCAAAUAUUCCUAUUUUGGCUCAACCUCCCACUAAGAGAAAGACAUUCUUAAACAAAAGAGGUCCACCAAGCCUACAGAGAGAGAGCAAAGCAAAUGCUUCAAACCCAAUCGGUGGUGAAAAACGGGAGCAAGUAGUGAUUCAAGGUGAAGUGAACGAAGAGGACAAGGAGGACAAAGAAAAGAAUAUUGUCAGCUGGAGAGGAGCAAUGAUUGAAGCUGACCAGGCCACAGAACCUCCACCCUCGGCCAAUGCGAAGGAGCCCGCAGCGCCCGCCGCACCUGUCAAACCUGCGGCCACUGCUUUGUUGGAAGUUUCCACAGGAAUUCCAGACAGACUGGAGGCUGUACGUGAUGCCUUCAGGCAUGCGUGGAAAGGCUAUAAGGACAAUGCGUGGGGUCACGAUGAGCUCAAGCCCAUCUCAAAGUCUUUUGGUGAAUGGUUUGGACUUGGUUUGACGCUGAUUGACUCUUUGGACACCAUGUGGAUCAUGGGCCUAAAAGAAGAGUUUGCAGAAGCAAGGAGCUGGGUAGAAACAGAGCUGUCCUUCAACAAAAAUGUGGAUGUGAAUCUUUUUGAAACAACAAUCCGGGUCCUGGGUGGACUGCUGAGCACUUACCACCUAACAGGAGACCAGCUCUUCCUGGACAAGGCUAAAGACCUUGGUUCCAGACUGAUGCCCGCCUUCAAAACGCCCUCAAAGAUCCCGUUCUCAGACGUCAACAUCGGAAAGGGAACGGCGCACCCUCCGCGAUGGACGUCAGACAGCACGCUGGCUGAAGUCACAAGUAUUCAGCUGGAGUUCAGAGAGCUGAGCCAUCUCACUCAGGAAACCCAGUACCAGGAUGCUGCAAAUGAGGUGAUGAAGCUGGUCCACGAGCUGCCUGGCAAACAUGAAGGCCUGGUGCCCAUGUUCAUCAACACCAACAGCGGCCAGUUCACCCACAAAGGAAUCUACACUCUGGGCGCCAGGGCGGACAGUUACUACGAAUACCUGCUCAAACAGUGGAUCCAGGGAGGCAAGGCCGAAGACAAUUUGUUGGAGGACUACAUUCAGGCAAUGGAGGGAGUGAAAAAACACCUUGUGAGACAGACGGGACCCGGCGGGUUGACCUUUGUUGGAGAGCUCUCUCACAACCGCUUCAAUCCCAAAAUGGAUCACUUGGUAUGUUUCCUGCCUGGAACUCUGGCUCUUGGGGCCCACAAUGGACUCCCGGGGGACCAUAUGGAUCUGGCUGUGCAGCUGAUGGAAACCUGUCACCAGAUGUACAAACAGAUGGAGACUGGGCUAAGCCCUGAGAUCGCACACUUCAACUUGCAGGCCAGUGAAGGCCAUGACGUUGUUGUCAAGCCUGCAGACAGACACAACUUGCUGAGGCCAGAAACGGUGGAGAGUCUGUUCUACAUGUACAGAUUCACCAAGGACACCAAAUACAGAGACUGGGGCUGGGAAAUACUGCAGAGCUUCAACAAGUACACCAAGGUCCCCGAUGGCGGCUACACAUCCAUUAACAACGUCCGUGACCCUGCCAACCCCGGGCCCCGAGACAAGAUGGAGAGUUUCUUCUUGGGUGAGACGUUGAAGUACUUCUACCUGCUCUUCUCUGAUGACGUGGACUUGCUCAGUCUAGACAAAUACGUGUUCAACACAGAAGCCCAUCCUCUCCCUAUAUGGCCCUCUCCACCUAAGUGAUGCCAGAAUCCAGGGGACAUUUGAACACCCGGGCCCACUGGUGCCUCUCUGAGCAGCUGCCUGUGUUGGACUGCCGCCCGAAGCAGCGAAGUGGAUCCACGCCGUCCAACCGUACUUGAUGUGUGAAGGAGUUUCAAUUGAUUUUAUUUUUUGUUCCUCUGUUUUCUUUAUUUUUCCUAGGGAAAAGGUUUGGUACAGAGCUGGCCUCUCGUGUAAAAACUUUGUAAAAAUCAUUUAAGGCUAGCUGGCAUACUUUGCUACUGGGUGACCCGGAUCAUUUUUACGACUGUCUGACUCUCAGCUUAUUAUGUAAAACGAGAACAUCUUAAUUCAUGGCUGAGAAAAACUGAAGAAAUGAAGUGUUGGUUCACCAACCUCUGAGCUUCUUGCAGCUGACGGUUUAGAAAUACGGAGCACACCCUUUUACAAAACAAUUCAAAAUUCCCUGUAGACCGUCUUUACUUGAACGGACACAAUUGAAGUGUUUAGGAGCUCGUGAUUCCUUUAGUGCCUGGCUAAAAAUGUAAGUCUGGGUUUUCCUAAUGCACUCGAAGUGUUCAGGGGAUUAGAGUUAACUGGUGUACAAUGAUUCAAAGCCAUCAUCUGUUUGGUAUAAAUUAUUAAGACCAUUUCUGUUUGUGUACAGUCCAAUAUUUAGAGGCCUUUCCUCCAAAUGAACCCCCCUCACCCAACCCUUUCUGUUAAAGACUAUGGGAACCUGUCGACCAUGCAGGGUUUCAGCAGUCAUUCACAUUGUGAGCUGAAACUUAUGCCCUUUUUUUUUCUAACCUUCACAAUAUUGCAAUCCUGUUGGUGUCGUCUUGGUUACUGACAUUUAUUUUAUGUCAAGAUGGACCAAAUGGUUUAAAAUCGGGAACUUCUGCCAGAGACCCCUCCAUGAUUGGAGAAGUGGGGGCAUCUGUCCUGCUUCCUGGUAUGUUGCUCAGUUGUUACUUGGUCGGUUACUCCUUUUCCAGUUUUUUGCUUUCAUUUUUAGUUGUUUACUUUCAUCAUUCAGAGAGAAGUUUGUUGGAUGAUGCUGUUAGUGCAUCAUGGUUUGUUAACAUCCCGUGCCAGGAUGGAUUGUACUUGGCAUCAGCUUUACACAUGAAUCAGUGAUUCUUUAAUAGAGGAUUUUAUAUGGUUACGGUGAUUAUUUGCACCUCUUUGAGUUUUGUAUCUAUUCAUCAUUGUGGAAGGGUUGUCUUUGCUGUUUAGGACAUGUUGGUAUGAUUGAAAUGCCAUGUACAGAUCUAAUAAGUGAUAAAGACAUGAUUUUCAGUCAGGGCUACCAAAAUAAUAACAUUUUGUCAAAGGUUUGUUGACAGCUCACCUCUCUGUGAAUCUGGCUGCUGUCUUGAUCUGGAUUAUAUCUACGCUUCUUUUAUAAUAUGUGAAGAGGGAUGGCAAUGACUUAAACAGAUUUCUUUUUGUUUUGUUUUUAUAAAUUAGUUUUGAAAAAGCAUUAGUUAUGAGAGUAUUGCAUUAUGGGUUUUCUGCUUAAAUGUUAAAUGGGCAUCAGUUCUUUCAUUAACAAAUACAGAUUAUAGAAGAAGGCAAAGCCUCCAUUUCCACCUCACUAGUAAUUACAUGAAUUACUGUUUAGCAAAUGUACAAUGGCCUCAUUCCCAUGAGUUCUUUUUCAAAAGUCUUUACAGUACUUAAAGUUUAAAAAAGAAAAAUCAGAACUCUAAGCUCAUAAAAUGUACGUCACACUCGUGAACUUGUUCCCUUCUUCUGUGCGCCUGGUUGCUUUCACUCAGGUGAAGCUUUCUGAUUGUUUUGAGUUGGUGUAUGUGCCCUGACAUGCAUUUGAUUAACAAACUACCAUCAUCUGUCCGAGGCAACAUAGCGAACUACACGGGCCCCAACCAAAUCCACAACAUGUUUAGUUCCUUUACUGCAGGACACAAAUCAGCUAUCUUAACUAUUUCUAACUAGGCAGUCCCUGGAAAUGUCUAAGUGUGAAUUUUGAAAGUAAAUUCUCGAUGUCUUAAAAAAAUAGGAAAUAAGCAGGAGUGAGUGGAGUCGCUGAGAAACUCCUGUCAUCCAGCCCUCGUCUUCUCCUUGCAACUGUCAUGUUUUUCUUGAUUGUUCUUAGAGAAGGAAUCGGCUGUGUAGCAAUCUCUGAGAGCACGAGGGCCUGUCCUCCGCAUCAGAGGAGUGAGAUAUCGCUGUAGCUCCCUUUGUUAUUUGAUUGGACCCAUUUCCACAGCUGCAGCUCCACAAAUCUGAGCAUGUAAAUGUACUGGAUAAGUUGAUCAGAAAUACUGGUGGAUUGCAAGUACUGUUUGUUGCAAUUUUGUCACUCUGUUUUUGAUUUUUCUAUGUUGUGUUUUGUUACUGUAAGUUCAGAAAGUUGUGCACACGUUUUAACCAUCUCCUCCUGUUCAUGAGUUAUUCAACCAAAUCAUCCAAACUUCACCACGUCGCCGGUGCUGUGCUCUGCUGGGCUCGUCCAUGUCUAAAUCAUUCGGUGGUGGUUUGGUUCUGUGUCUAAACAACUGAUUUAUCACUGGCAUUUAUAUUUAAAUUGCUGUCGUUGAGAGUGAAAGCUUUAUGGAUUGUAUUUUCACUCUGGAUCAGUGUGACAAAAAAAAGGGUGUAAAUAUUAAAUGUGAAAUGUUUUCUAGCUUGUCUGCUGAAUCAAACUGGGGAUCAAUUAGCAUUUUCUGUUCUUAAUAUUCAGCGCUAUCAUGUCAAAAUUGGUCCUUUUUCACGGGUCUUUUGGUUGUUUUUCGUACCCGAUUUUGUGGCAGUCCAUCCAAAUACGACAUAAGCCUAGAACAAGGCGAUCACAAAGGCCAUGGCAAUUUCAGUCCGCGUCAAAGUGGUUCAGCAAGUGAUUGGCAGACUGAAGCGGCUAUCUAAAGCAUUUCAGUGCAAUUGCAGAUAAAAGUGACUUGACAUUUUGUUUCCGCCCUGCUUUCAAAUCUGUUUCUCUCAACUGUAUGUAAGGAGGUAAAGCUGGAGUUCAGCUGUGUAAAUGGUGGUCACCAAGUGGAAGCAUCAUGGCUGAAUUAUCUGGUUUAUUACACCAUGUUUCAUUCCUGGUGUAUAAGGACCAUGAUUUUAAUUAGAUAUUAUGAAGGCAUCUCAGGAAAAUAGAAACAAAAUAAAUGUUGUAACUUAAGAGCAGCCUUGAUUGUAAAGAGAGAUUUGCUGCGGUGAAGUCUCAGCUCGGCUAAAUCCUUUAAUGAUCAGCAGCUGCGGCAGUUACAUUUAUUAUAUCAGGAUUGCUCAAAAUGUAUCAUCUCAGUUAUAGUGGAGUCAGAAAGAGGUUUGAAUGCAAUGCCAGUUUAAUAACCGAAAUUUGUCACCACCCACUUAUGAGUUAGAGAGACUAACUCAAUGGUUUGUUCCUUUUGGCUUGUUUUGUGUUUUUGUGUUUAAAAGUCCUCAGCCUGUCCUCUUACAGCUGGGUCCCCUUGUUUUCAACACAGCAGAUUUAUUAGGGAGAUUUUCAGCCAUGGAUUAUUACACAUUUGAUGCUCAGGUCAUUGCUGCGUGUUUGUGUUCACAGUGGGAACGAGAACGGCUCCCAGUGCAGGACUGCAGCUCGUGCUUUUAACGGUUAAUGGACGAGAGCUGAAGUCAUGAGGCACGGAUAAAUGACGUCAAAUUACAUUUUCAGCAUCUAUUUCUAUAGAAGAAUUAGAUACACCGUUGAUAUUUAUCUGCUUUAAAACACAUUUGUAUUGGGAUCUGUGGCGUCUCCAGGCCACAGAUGAAGUAAUCUGACUGAAAGUGUCACUGAAGGGUGGCAUCUGAAUCUAAAUCAAUAUUUAAGUCUUUUUUUGUAAAAAAAAAUAGGAAAUCAAGUCAAAUAUAAACUUGAGCAUUUGGACAGUUUAUUACCUCCUGAGGUUACAUAUUAUUACCUCAUGCACUGUAAAGCGAGUAUAAGCUUCAAUUCACCCUUUUUUUUUCUUUUUGAUUAAAUGUAGAAUAAUUUCUUCCAGGAAUAUGCGCAUUUUAAAUUUAAUAUAUGGCAUUUUGUACAGUUUCACAAAAAAAAAAAAUUCACAUAACUGACACUUUUUUUUUUUAAUAAUUUAAUAUUAUUGUUUGCAUUAUUGUAUACUGUACCUAUAACAUCUUUCUAUCAUAAAUGCCGCCACGCCACCUCAUAUUUUCUAACUUUGUUUUAAGAGACCAGUUUAGAUUACAGAUCAUGUGAUUUAAACAUUAUGGAAUAUAAGCUCUUUUUUAAAAGAAUACAAAUAAGGGAAGAGAGAUUCAAUAGUUUUUCAGACUUUGCUGUUUUAAGUAAAAAGGUUUAAAACAAAUCAAACAUCUCCCGCACAGACACAUGUGAUUUGUUUUUAAGUUUGCUAUUGUGUCGCAUUGCUGCUUUUUAUAAAGGAUCUUUAAUGUAAACUAAGCGGGCUGCUCUAACAUCAUUAUUUUUUAGCAUAACAGAUUCUGAGGUGGUUGGAGAAGCUGGACGACGGUUUUUGCAUCAUGCCAUGGCAUUAACAUACAAUUAGUAGAAAACUUACUACUUUUACAAACUGGUAAAAUCUACUUUUGGUGGUUAUUUGCUUGAAGGUAAUCUUUGAACACAAGCCAUAUGAAAACUGUUGUCCUAAAAAUGUCAACGCUGUGACAUCAGGAGCGCUCACCAUUUCCUGCCUAUAGAAGCUCCUGCUUUACUGUGACUUGUUGUCGGGGACCGAAGAUGGGGAUCAAUAUUGUUUCUGCUGCUUCAGUGAACACGUUGAGCCAGUAAAGACUCGAUGAAAUGAAUCAACCCUGAUACAGGUGUCACCUCUCCUCAUGAUGACAGAGGUGCCAUGUUGGUAAACAUGUCAAUAAGUCAUCAAUAUCUGAAGACGUGCUGUCAUGCAAAGUGCUUAAUUUUCUUUUCCUUUUUUCCCCCUCCUCCCUGGUGUCUUUUAAUAAACCCGCUCUAUGUACAGAUGACCGAUUCUGCUGAUUGUACAGUAACUCAGAUUGCAGCUUGUUGCAAUGUUCCUCCAUCUUUUUCUGUGUGCUGAAUUUCUAAAUAAAACUUUUGA